AUGGGAGUGUCUACAGCAGAUGAAAUUUUUCAUGAGGAAAAUAACUCAGAAUAUUUACAACAGAGAGGUGGACAAGUAGUGGUUUAUAAGUAUUUAAUUCUCAAAGCACCAGUAACAUCAUUAGAUGUAGUUCCAUUUGUUAUUGUAUUUGGAUUGUAUUGUUUAGCCAUUCAUUCAGUACUUGCCUUUAUUAAGAAGAUAAACAAGAACGUUCACUCAUUCAUUCAAUUUAUAUUUGUGAUUGUAUUUCCACCAAUUGUCAUGAUGAUAUCAGCUGAUUACUUUUUUAUAACGAUGUGGAUUGGUUUAAUGAUAUUCUGUGGAUAUUGUUUAAGAAUUAGUUUUAAUAAACAGUUAUUGAGAUCUAACAAUCCUAAGAAAAUUUAUAAAAUGUUCAGACAGAUCUUUAUAUACACAAAUAUUUGUAUAGCAAUUGGCCAAGUUAUGACACUGCUUUCUGUGAUAUUCAAAUUAGUUUUUGCCAGUUAUAGCUUUAGAUGGUUAUUUUAUUCAUUAUACUUUGCUGUAUUUUGUAGGGAAGUUAUGGGGUCGUUAAGUAAGAUUAUGGGUAGAACUACUGGUGUUAUUGCUUCUACUCCUAUGGGUGACCGUGAAGACAAUCCUGAUAAAUGUAUGAUUUGUGUAGAAUCUUUAAUUGAUUAUCAUGGUAAAAUGUUUACUAAUGGAUGUGGUCAUUCAUAUCAUAAUGAAUGUCUCAAAGGAUGGCUCAUCAUAGGAAAUAAUAAUCAUUGUAUUAGUUGUAAGACAGGUAUUAAUAUUGAUCUUAUUAAACCUGAUUUAUGGGAUAAGACUGAGGUUGCUGUUAAACCUUUGAUGAAUUUCUUAAGAUCUAGUAUUUCAUUCUUUGUUGUUAUUUGCCUGUUCAUUGUAUUAAGAUUGAGGUAA